ACACGAAAUUUACUUAAAUAGGGUAGGGUUCUGGAUCCCAACCUCUAAACAUUCUCCGCUUUUGUCAGUUUUGUUUGUAUUUAUAAACUGUAAAUAAAGUAUUGUGUUUUGUACCAAACAAGACAUAAUCAGGGAUAAUUAGUAGUAAAAAUUCAUUGGAGCAAUUUAAAGCGCAAAUUUGCAAUGGACCAAUUGGGAAUUGAAAAACGACUUUCUUUGAGCUACUUAUUUUGCAUAAUCCUGGGAGGAAUCGCUAGUAUUACUACAGGCAUUUCAUGGGGCCACUGGUACCGAACGUUGGAUCAAUGUGUUGGGAGGAAUUGCAGCUGCAUUCUAUAUGGACAGAACACAGUUUCUCGUUUCUUAGGUGGAGGUCAGGCACCAUGUAUAUGGGUUACAUUUGGACCACUGCUCUAUGUAUUCUUUUGCAUUUGUCUGACUUGUUUUCAUGGCUAUCGAGUUCUAUUUACUACUAAAUCACCUAGAAUGAGAUCUACUAGAUCUGUGGUUGCUAAAACCGAAACUGGUUCAUCUGUUCAAAUAACAGCAAUUUCCCAAGAAGACACCAGCCCUCUACCUCGAACAUUCUGGAUAACCAUGUCCGUGUUUACCUCCUUUUUCUUCGCGUAUGCUCUAAUUAAUUUCGCGUUAUUUUUGGAUGGAUUUUAUACAACUUGCAAUCAGUACAGAAGGGUGCUUGAAAAGAUGAUAGGUAUGCAUGGAAGUGCACUUCCAGUCAUCCAUCGACGUUUGUACUGCCAAUCUGUUUUUGAUUUCAUGGAUUACAUGCAACUGGACAGCGAAAAUGCGUCUAGAAAUGGGUUUAUAAACACUGGACUUUCCCUUAGUUUAGGGUUAGCAGCAUCGUGCUUUGCAUGGAUGAUUCUGUUGUUUUCCAGUGUUUUAAAUAUUACGAUGGCAAAACGCAAACAUAGAUAUGUUUAGAUUUAUUUUGCUUGAUUUUAUCGCUUCAGUCUUUACAAUUUUUACCCUUUGAAUGCCUUACCUGUCGUUAAUAUUUUAAGACAAUUUUAUAUGAAUUAAUGAAUUAGAUAAGUUCUAUAUUGUUGAAGCGGAUUCAUUUUUUUACAAACUGCUUGUUGGGUAUUUCGCCUCAAAAAAUUUUGUAAGACAGAUAGAAGAAGAUAAAUAGUGUUCUUAUUUCGCAAUAAGAACGAAUUAUUUAUCAAAAAGUAAUCAAGAACUAUCAUCUAGAGGGUAUCCUGCGACAC